AUGCGCCCCCAAAGCCCCUGGGCCGCUGGCCCCGCAGCGCUGCUGCUGCUCGCCACCCUGCUCGCCACCCUGCUCGCCACCCUGCUCGCCACCGAGGCGCUGCCCAGCGCCCGCGGCAGGAAGAAGGUGGUUCAUGUGAUGGAGGGUGACAGCGGUGCCGUGGUGGUGCAGACAGCACCGGGCAAGGUGGUGACACACCGCGGCGGCACCAUCAUCCUGCCCUGCCGCUACCACUACGACGUGUCCGCGCACGACCCGGCCGAGAUCCGCCUCAAAUGGACCAAAGUCACCGAGCCCAUGACCUUCGUGGACGUGUUCGUGGCUCUGGGCAAAGCCCGGAGGGCGUUCGGCUCCUACCGGGGUCGCACGGCCCUACAGGAGGACGGGGUGGGCGACGCGUCCCUCAUCAUCCGCAACGUCACCCUGCAGGACUACGGGCGCUACGAGUGCGAGGUGACCAACGAGCUCGAGGACGACACCGGAGUGGUCAAGCUGGACCUGGAAGGGGUGAUUUUCCCGUACCACCCACGCUUGGGGCGCUACACCCUGAAUUUCCACGAGGCUCAGCAGGCGUGCCUGGAGCAGGACGGGAUCCUGGCGUCCCACGAUCAGCUGCACCAGGCCUGGCUGGAGGGGAUGGACUGGUGCAACGCGGGCUGGCUGCAGGACGGCUCCGUGCAGUACCCGAUCUCCCGGCCCCGAGAGCAGUGCGGCCGCAAGGACACGCCCGUGGGUGUCCGGAAUUACGGAUUUAGGCACAAGGAGAGCGAGCACUACGAUGCGUUCUGCUUCACCUCCAACCUCAACGGUAAAGUUUAUUUCCUGAAAACCUUCCGCAAGCUGAGCUACCCGGAGGCCGUCCAGGCGUGCAAGAACAACGGGGCGAGCGUGGCCAAGGUUGGGCAGCUUUAUGCGGCCUGGAAGAUCCAGCUGCUGGACCGCUGCGAGGCCGGCUGGCUGGAGGACGGCAGCAUCCGCUACCCCAUCGUCAAUCCCCGAGCCCGCUGCGGCGGCCGCGAGCCCGGCGUGCGCAACCUCGGCUUCCCCGACAAGAAGUACAAGCUGUUCGGCGUGUACUGCUUCAAAAAAGCCGGGGGAGCCGCGCCCGCGGUGGGUGGGGGGCUCCCCAAACGCCUGUGAUGCUUGGAGGGGUCCGGCAGCACCACCGGGUUUGCCCGGGGAUCUUUUUUUUUUUUUUUUUCUCCCACCUCCUCCACCCCCGAACGCCGCGGGUGCGCUCCGGAGGGAGCGGUGGCACCAGCGAGGGUUGGUGGCACUCGGUGACUCUUGGGGACACUGAGGCAGCGGGGAGGGGAAGGGUUCGGUGAGCCCAGGCUGCGCCCCGAUGCGGGGUUGGGUCCCCCGCUCCUCGCAGCUCUCGCUUCUCGACGCGGCUGUUUGCAUGCGCUAAAAGGGCUGCAGAGGCCCCGCCCUCCUCAUCCUC